UAGUCAUUAAGCUCACGACAGCAUAGCAAAAUAGUGGAAGGUUAUUUUUUAAUGAAAAACUGGAUCAAUGGCAACAAAUUAUGAAUUAACUUAAUCUUAACCGUUUAUAAUAAUAGUAACACAUUAGUUGUCUCCUCUACUCAAAUAUCUUUUUUCUUUCCAAACCUAUCUCUGAUACAGAAUAUCAAUCAUGACAUUAGUUGUUCUUAAUUCUUAUUGCUAAGCAGGAAAUAAUAAAGUCUAAAAGGAGAAGAGAAAAGAGUUUAUUUCCAUAUUUUGUCGCUAUAAAUUAAAUAAAAAGGUUUUGUUUAAUAAGGAAAGUCGGCAUGAGAAAGAGGAGAAAAUGACAGCUCUCUGAGUGAAAGAGGGAAUGAAGGAGAGAAGAGUUUACGCCAGAUUACGCAAAUUUAUGUCUUCCGAAAUCUAACUGUUGUCCACGUGUCAUUUUCCUCUUCACUGUAGAUUAAAGUUAUCCUUUGUCUCCCUUUUUCAUUAUCUGUAUUUUUUGUUUUGCUGAAUUUUUUCUAUAUCCAUUUAAAAUAAUAAUAAAAUCUUCUAUUUUAAUUACGGUUUUGAAAUGGUCACACAACAUAAACAAAAUUUGCAGGAAUAUAUACAUUCCUACCUUUAAAAUGAAAUAAUAAUAAUAAUAAUAAUAUCAAAAAAAUAAAAAGAGAUUCACUUUACUUUUUCUCAUUACGUCAUCCGUGGUAGUGGGGUCGUUUUUUUACGGCUCAGUGACUCACACACACACGCCAAAAGCAGAGAGUAUAAUAACAAUUAAAAUCGCGUUUUAAAUUAGCGAUUCCAAGAAAAGCAAAAAAAAAAAAAUUCAUUUUUCACCUUCCUUUCUUAAAAAAAAAAAGAAGCUCAAAAGAGUCUCUCCUCCAUUAAUGGAAGGAACCGUUUCUCUGCUGAUGUAGCUCUAAGCUUCUACCGCAAUUUCCUCUAACUGAAACCAAAUCGGCUUUACUACUCCAAUUUUCUAAAAAAUAAAAGUUUCCUCUUUUAUCUCUCCUCUGUGGCUUAAACCACUCAAGUUUCUACUCUUCUACACUCUCUUUUAGCUUCAUGCUUCAUGCUCCAGGAUACUGAUUAACAUUGCUCAAUUGAACCAAACUGCUAAAGAUAUCUGUAUUACAAGGUAACCAAACCAGUCAGGAAACAAAAAGUCUCUGUCUUUGUCCAAUCUCAGCAACCAAAAGAAUGGAGAACCCAUCAUCAUCCAGAGACAAAGGUUUCUGUUUUCCAGAAAUUCCAGUAGAAGAAAUGGAUGGUUGGGUUAAGAAUUUGAUCUCUGAAGAAGAUAUGUUUAGCUCCUCUUCAACUUCAGAGCUUAUGAAUUUUGAAUCUUUUGCUUCAUGGUGCAACAGCCCUUCCGCUACAGAUAUCUUGUUCUCUCAAUACGGUUUAUCGACCUGUACGCCUUUUGGAGGCUUAGAAGGCUCAUACGCUGGCGAAAAAAGACCGGUACAGGAGAUGAGCUCUCAGUUUUAUUGCCUAUCUGAUACCGAAAAGACAAGUGGUAAACGAAGCAAGGGUAAUAAUCAGACGAGUAGUUUAUCCGGCGCAGUAGACUGUAGUGUUCCAAGGUCAUUGAACCACUCUCUUGAUGAGAAGAUGCUCAAAGCAUUAAGUUUGUUUAUGGAGUUCUCUGGAGAGGGAAUCCUGGCACAGUUUUGGACUCCUAUUAAGACAGGAGAUCAGUACAUGCUUAGUACUUGUGAUCAGGCGUAUCUGCUUGACUCGAGGCUAUCCGGAUACCGUGAAGUGUCGAGGAGAUUCACUUUCUCUGCAGAAGCAAAUCAGGGCUCUUAUCCAGAUUUUCAGGCAGAGCUACAAGACUGUAUGCUUCGCUAUUUCUCUAUUCCCCGUUACUGCUGAAUAUUGAGGAUGAAGCAUGCAUUAGAUAACGAAGUCCGUGGUUCGAUUGCAAUUCCUGUCCUUGAAGCAUCUGGUUCUUGUUGUACAGUCCUGGAACUUGUAACAUGUAGGGAAAAACCAAACUUUGAUGUGGAGAUGGACUCUGUUUGCCGUGCUCUGCAGGCCGUGAACUUACAAACAUCAACUAUUCCUCGUUGUCAGUACCUUUCAAGUAAUCAAAAAGAAGCUUUGGCUGAAAUAAGAGAUGUUCUCAGAGCAGUGUGUCAUGCACAUAGGUUGCCUUUAGCUCUAGCUUGGAUUCCCUGUAGUUACUCCAAGGGAGCAAACGGUGAAUUGGUAAAGAUUUAUGGCAAAAAUUCAAAGGAAUGUUCUCUUCUUUGCAUAGAAGAGACAGCAUGUUAUGUGAAUGAUAUGGAAAUGGAAGGCUUUGUGAAUGCAUGCUUAGAGCAUUAUCUAAGAGAAGGGCAAGGAAUUGUUGGCCAAGCACUCAUAUCAAACAAACCGUCUUUCUCAUCUGAUGUAAAGACAUUCGAUAUCUGCGAGUACCCUCUUGUUCAACAUGCUCGAAAGUUUGGUCUUAAUGCUGCAGUUGCUACCAAACUGAGGAGCACAUUCACUGGUGACAGUGACUAUAUACUUGAGUUUUUCUUACCUGUAAGUAUGAAGGGAAGCUCAGAACAACAACUUUUGCUGGACAGUCUCUCGGGCACGAUGCAGAGAAUAUGUCGAACUCUAAGAACUGUUUCAGAUGCCGAAUCAGCUGAAGGUACUGAAUUUGGAUUUCUUAGUGGAGAAAUGACAAAUCUCCCACAGGCUACUGUAUCCGAUGGAAGCUUUCAGACAACAUUCCCGGAUACUAACGUCAACUCUACUCGAAGUAACUUUUCGAACAUGUCCUCUGAUAAAAGAAAUGAAAUGGCAGGUUCUCAAGGCACUCUUCAGCAGGAAAUUAGCGGAGCAAGAAGAUCAGAGAAGAAGAAAAGCAGUACAGAGAAGAAUGUGAGCUUAAAUGUUCUCCAACAAUACUUCUCUGGGAGCUUAAAGGAUGCUGCAAAAAGCCUUGGUGUUUGUCCGACUACACUUAAACGGAUAUGUAGACAACACGGAAUCAUGAGAUGGCCAUCUCGCAAGAUUAACAAAGUGAAUAGGUCACUAAGGAAAAUACAGACAGUGCUUGACUCUGUCCAGGGUGUAGAAGGAGGACUGAAAUUUGACUCGGUAACAGGGGAAUUUGUAGCAGUUGGCCCUUUUAUACAAGAAUUUGAUACUCAAAAGAGUCUGUCUUCUCAUGAUGAAGAUGCACUUGCAAGAAGCCAAGGUGAUAUGGAUGAAGAUGCGUCAUUAGAGCCUUUGGAAGGUAAAUCUCAUGAUGGUGGCGGGGUCAAGUUGGAGGAGGAUGUUGAAACAAACCAAGCAGGAUCAGGAUCCUUGAAGGAGCCAUGGACUUGGAUAAGCAAACAGUCUGGCUUGAUCUAUAGUGAUGAUAUUGAUAUAGGAAAAAGGAGUGAAGAGGUAAAGAAGGAUAAAGACCUUUGUGUUCGUAGGUGCUUGAGCUCUGUAGCACUUGCAGGCGAUGAUAUGAAUACAGGAAUCGAGCGCGGUAAUGGAAUGGUAGAACCAAACCAAUCCAUAUCAAGCAGCAUGUCGGAUUCAUCAAAUAGCUCAGGAGCAGUUUUGUUGGGAAGUUCAUCUACUUCCAUGGAACAAAACUGGAACCAAAUAAGAACUCAUAACAAUAGCGGUGAGAGCGGAUCAAGUUCAACACUGACAGUAAAAGCCACUUAUAGAGAGGACACUGUACGUUUCAAGCUUGAUCCAUAUCUUGUUGGGUGUUCUCAGCUGUACAGAGAAGUGGCUAAGCGUUUCAAGCUGCAAGAAAGUGCCUUUCAGUUGAAAUACUUGGAUGAUGAAGAAGAAUGGGUGAUGUUGGUCUCAGAUUCUGAUCUCCAUGAAUGCUUUGAGAUAUUAAACAGUAUGAGAAAACAUACAGUGAAGUUUCUGGUCCGUGACAUACCUGGAGCCGCAAUGGGAAGUUCUGCAGGUAGCAAUGGUUACCUCGGAACAGGCACCUGAGCAUCAAUCUUAUUGUGCUUAAAUAUGUACAGAUAAUCUAUGUUUGGUUUGACAUUAGUUACUCAUAUAGAAAGACAAAAAAAAAAAAAAAAAAAGGGUCCAGUGGUGUUGAAAAAUGUAUAUAAACAUAGAAAGACACAUAUCUUAUAUUUUGGUUUCGAACAAGUCGUAGAAGUAAUUCUUGAAUAUUUCAGAGACGCAAGGAGAUAGAAGCUCAAAUCUGUGGACUGCCGAUUAAACAUACAUGUUUUUUUUUGUCAUCAUCUUCAACUGAAGGAAGUGAAGGAGGAGCUAAGUUUUGUGCAAUCAUCUCAUGUAAAGAAGAGCUUGAAUACAAUGGAGAAUUUACAACCUAACCAUUAUUCUGUUCAAGAGGCAAUGCUUUUACUUCUGGCUAUGAGACAAAGGAAAAAAAAAAGGUACGGUCAAGUUUUUGGUUUGUUUUGAGAAUAUAUCAUUGUGUUCUGUUUUUGUUUGUCUAAAGUAGAAAUCUGUAAAUCAUUGUAUAAAGGCUCACAAUUGUAGAUUGUCUUUUGGAGUGACAAUUAGCAAAAAACAUCAUCUUGUGGAUUCCUUGUUUGUGUGUGUAUUAUAUCUAUUGAAGAGAUAUGCAAAAGACUCACAGUUGAUCA